UCUUCUGCCGGAACCGCACGGCCGGCCCGCAGUGUCCGCUCGGACCGGAGACGCCGACACCCCGAGGUCCCUCCGGCCGGGCGCCCCGGGCCAGAGCGAGGCUCGCGGCGGAAGGAGCAGCCAUGGGGCCGUUGGUGGUACGCCUGAGGCUCGGGCCGCGGCCGCUCUGGAUGCCGGGCGGAGGCUGCGGGCGGAGGCGGCUCGGGGCCGGGGCCGGAGCCGGAGCCGGAGCCGGAGCCGAGGCCGGGCGGCAGUACCUGCAGCGGAGCGUCGUGCCCACCCUGCACUUCCAGCCGAGCCUGCCCAGGCUGCCUAUUCCCAAACUCGAAGAUACCAUGAAGAGAUACCUCAGUGCCCAGAGACCUCUUUUGGAUGACAGCCAGUUCAGGAGAACAGAGCAGCUCUGCAGGACCUUCGAAAGUGGACUUGGCAAAGAACUGCACGCACAGCUGGUUGCUAAGGACAAGCAGAAUAAACAUACAAGCUACAUCUCAGGUCCCUGGUUUGAUAUGUACCUAUCUGCCCGAGACUCCAUUGUUCUGAAUUUUAAUCCGUUCAUGUCUUUCAACCCUGACCCAAAGCCUGAUUAUAAUGACCAACUCACACGAGCAACUAACUUAACUGUGUCAGUCAUGCGGUUUAUGAAGAGUCUCAGGGCUGGCCUCCUCGAGCCAGAGGUGUUCCACCUCAACCCUGCCAAAAGCAACACUGAUGCCUUUAAGAGAAUUAUCCGCCUUGUGCCUUCAUCCCUGGCCUGGUAUGGCGCUUACAUGGUCAAUGCCUACCCCCUGGAUAUGUCGCAGUAUUUUAGACUGUUCAAUUCAACUCGGCUGCCCAAGCCUGGUCGAGAUGAGCUUUUUACCAAUGACAAGGAGAAGCACCUGCUAGUGCUGAGGAAUGGGAAUUUUUACGUCUUUGAUGUCCUGGAUCAAGAUGGGAACAUCCUCAAAGCAACGGAAGUCCACGCUCACCUGAAGUAUAUUCUCUCUGACAACAGCCCCACUCCCGAGUUUCCUCUGGCGUAUCUGACCACUGAAAACCGAGACACCUGGGCUGGGUUGAGGCAGGAGCUGCUGAAUAAUGGGAACGAGGAAGUGCUCAGUAAAGCGGACUCGGCUGUGUUCUGUCUGUGUCUAGAUGACUUCCCCAUCACAGACCUGGUCCAUUUGUCCCAUACCAUGCUGCACGGAGAUGGUGUGAACCGAUGGUUUGACAAAUCCUUCAACCUCAUCGUAGCCAAAGAUGGGAAUGCAGCCAUCAACUUUGAGCACUCUUGGGGUGAUGGCGUUGCUGUGCUUAGAGUCUUCAAUGAUGUGUUUAAAGACAGCACCCAGACCCCUGCCAUCACACCCCAGGCUCAGCCUGCACCUGUCGACUCAUCGAGGGCUGUGCAGAAACUCAAUUUCAGAUUGAACGAUACUUUAAAAGCUGGAAUUGCCAGAGCCAAAGAGAAGUUUGACUCCACCAUGCAGACCCUUACUAUAGACUUCAUCCAGUUUCAGAGAGGAGGCAAAGAAUUCUUGAAGAAGCACAAGCUCAGUCCUGAUGCGGUGGCUCAGCUCUCCUUCCAGAUGGCCUUCCUCCGGCAGUACGGGCAAACGGUGGCCACUUAUGAGUCCUGUAGUACGGCGGCAUUCAAACACGGCCGUACCGAGACUGUCCGGCCGGCUUCUGUGUUCACCAAGAAGUGUUCAGAGGCAUUUGUCAGGGGGCUUUCCCAGAACAGCACAGAUCAGCUCAAAGAGAUGAUGGCCCAGUGCUCCAAGUACCACAACCAGCUGACAAAGGAGGCCGCGAUGGGCCAGGGAUUUGACAGACACCUGUUUGCCUUGAGAUACCUGGCAGCGGCUGAAGGUCACAAACUACCCGAGUUCUACCAGGACCCGGCCUAUGCGCAGAUCAAUCACAACAUCCUGUCCACCAGCACCCUGAGCAGCCCUGCUGUGAACCUUGGGGGCUUCGCGCCUGUCGUCCCCGAUGGCUUUGGCAUUGGCUACGGGGUCCACGAUGACUGGAUCGGCUGCAACGUCUCCUCCUACCCGGCCCGCAAUGUCACGGAGUUCCUCCAGUGUGUGAACAAGGCCUUGGGAGAUAUUUUUGAUGUUCUAGAAGGCCAGCCUGUCAAAAGUUAGCAGGGGAGGCACAAAGCACCUCUCUAGUGAUAACUGUGGGAGCAAGAAGGGUUUGGGAGUGUCCUGUGAGCUUAGAAUCAUGAAGUGGGGGCAGCUAGGUGGCACAGUGAAUAGAGCACCGGCCCUGGAGUCAGGAGGACCUGGGUUCAAAUCCGGCCUCAGGCACUUGACACAUUUACUAGCUGUGUGACCUUGGGCAAGUCACUUAACCCCAGUUGCCCUGCCCCCUCCCCAAAUCAUGAAAUGCCUGAGUAACUGAAACAGUCAUGUUUUAACUUUAAAAUCAUCAAUCUGCCAAAAUUAAUGGGUUAUUUAAAGUGGGGUGGAUUGUACAAGUUAGAGAGUGAAUUGUGACUUCUGGGGGCUUCUUUGGGGGUAGGAUUUGAGCUGGAUGGAGGAGACACAGUGUCUGUCCUGGAGGAGGCCGCUGGCUCCUACCUGGUUAGUGUGGCACGGGCCACAUGGGUUAGGGUCGCUCCAGAAAACCAUCUCAGACUCUUGUUGAGGAUCCCGUGUGGUCUGUGUCAGGGGUGACCCGCUGGCUGUUGGAAAUUGAUACUCCUGUAAUAAAAACUCUUCUCUUGAAACCAGUAACUGUCACCCAGGACAGGCUGGCAUGUCAUGGG